AUGGUGCUCGCGCUGUGGGAGGGAGGCAUGUCCCCGUUCCCCUUGCAUCCGGCGGUAGCGGCGACCGAGGUGUUUUUCUCCCUCUGUUAUGCGGCGCACAUCCUCCUCAACCUUUGGACGUUCGGCGUCAAGCAGUACAGGGACAAAAAGUGGCACUUCACCUUCACGGUGCUGGCGGCGGCACACCUAGUCCUCAUGUGCUUGGCGUUCUUGGCGUCCAAGAGGAGCCGAACUUCUGUCGAGGCACCACCACCAGCUCCAGCGAGUGGCACUGCCACGACGGCGGGAGGCUUGUAUGACGAUGACGAGGACUGGUGGAACUGUUCGAGAUUCGCGCUGCUGGGGGCGCAAGCCUUGCGGCCGAUGAUGCUGAUCAGCAACCUCAAGACCAUCCGGAGGGUGUUCACGAACGUGCUCAGAACUGCGAAGCGUACGGGUAGCAUCCUGAUGCUGGGAGCGGUGGUGCUCGCCUUCUACUCCGUCUUGGGUAUCAACCUCUUCAAUUCAAAGCAGGUGAAAGGUUACACGGAUGACGGAGACAACUUCAACAACUUCGGCAGCGCUGUCCUGUCCCUGUUCGUGCUUGUCACCGAGGAGAACUUUCCCAUGGUAGCCGACCCUUCCUUCACGCAAAGGCCACUGGUGGCGUUUCCGUUCUUCGUGUCGUUCUUGCUCCUCGUCCUCGUGGUGAUCCUGCCGCUGCUUCUCGGGAUCGUUCUAGACGCCUACGCCCAGCAGCACGCUCGCCAGCACGAGCGAUACAGGCGAAAGGCUCGAAACGCUUUGCUGGCGGCGUACUUCGUCUUGGACGACGACGGCGUGGAGGGUCUUAGCCGCGACCAGGUGGUCGGCGUUCUGACAGUUGAGGCAGGCGUAGGCAUCGACAGAGAACAGGCAGAGCAGCUGUGGCACGUGCUUGUACCAGAAGACCAAGACGACUUCGUAUACUCCCGAAGCUACUCCGUCCCCAUCGGAAGCGACCGAUUUGGCGAAGGCUCCACACCCCCUGCCAACAACACCAGCGACAACGACAACGAUGUCGGGAAGAAAAAUAGCCGUACCGGCAGCAGCACCCACGCCGCAAAGGACGGGUUUCGAAUGGCUCGCGCGAGGGCGCGUUCACUUCCGCAUGGGCCAAGCGGCGGCGGCCACAGCAAUGGCAACGUGGGGCGCGGUAUCCGUGGCGGUAGCGACCGUCGAUUGGACGUGCAUGCCUUCUUGCGCCUGGCGGACCUGCUACACGUCAAGGUCGUUGAGUCUGGGGAGGACGGCGACGGCGUGGAAGGGGGACGGACAUGCUUCAUCGCCGGGUACGGUGAUGAGGGCUUCGGAUCGGCUCACGGACGACAAACGUGGGAGAGAGGGGAGGGGGCACGCGGCGCGGGAUCUUCGGGCGAUGGUAAGUCCAGCUUUCGAGAGGACGAAGAAGAACCUGAGGGAGGAGGAGAGCAGGAGCGCCAAAAGGUUUGCUGGUGUCCGGGAGACAAGCGUGGAAACAGCGACAGCACCAACAACAGUGAUUGGCGGAGUGCUGACAGCGAGGGUUGUCGUGGAGAUAGUGAUUCCGCCGCCUUUUGUCCCCAACGGAAGCUGAAGCGGUUAGCCCAUCGGAUAGGAGAGCAGGCGAGAGCCACGGCGAGAGACAUGGUGGGGCGGGAGUGGUUCAGCCUGAUGUCGAAGGGCAUUGGCGUUCUGCUGGCAAUGCUGGCGGUGACUUGGACCCCACGAUCGCAGCUGCGCUACGACAAGUGUGCGUUGGGGGAGAGAGAGGAGGUGUGCGACAAGCCGCACGAGAGUGAAGUGGGCUUCCUGCGGGAGGACUUGUUCAGGCGGCUGGAGGGACUCGUGCUGUUGGCGUUUUCUUUUGAGAUGGCGGCCAAGGUGCUAGCGGUCGGGGGCAGGCGCCUCUUGCGUGUCCACUGGGCACACAGGUUCGACUUGAUCAUCCUCGUGACGUGCUUGGCGUCGUACCUUCUCGUGGGCGUGCCGGGCAACAGACGGGCCCUCUACGUCGAUGACCGCCCCGUGUUGAGCGACGUCGUAGAGCUGCCGAUGGCCCUUGCGGUGCUCAGGUUGGUGACGGUCUUCCCCCAGCUUCGGAAGCUGCUCGAGACCAUGUCGACGGUGGCGGGCGUGCUGAUGAAGAUCAUGGUGCUAUACUCUUGUGUGUCGUACAGCUUCGCUACGCUAGGCAUGGCCAUCUUCGCCAACGCAAGGAGCGACCUGUUGGAGUCGAGGUACUCGUUCUCCACGCUGCCCGAGGCCGCCAUGACACUUUUCUUCUUGACCGUUUCCAACAACUGGAACGACCUGCUCUACCCUCUAGUCGACUCGAAUCGGUUGGGCCGCUGGUCUGCGAUCUAUCUCGUGGCGUAUAUGCUGUUCUGCGCCACCAUGAUGCUGGACGUCCUCACCGGCGUGGUGAUCGAAGGCUUCCGCGUCUCCACCAAGGGCCCGGAGCAAGCACAAGACCUAGGGUUACGGUUUGCCUCAACGGCGUCAGCUAGAGCCGGUGAUGUCACUGAUCGGCCCACGCUCGCCCGAAGCGAUGACGGUGAUUCUGGCGGCGACGGGGGCGCGAGCUCUGGCAACAGCGUCGGGGAUGACGAGGACGACACCCAUGGAGUCUUGGGCGGCGGCCAGCGGCAACAGCAGCGGCGGCGGGGGCACCGCACAGGCGCUAGAAGAGGCCAGCUGACUCGAAAGGCCAGCCAGCGCAAGUACACGCAGGUCAAGGCUGAAGACAUGUUCCGCUCCGAAGGACAGGGGUGGAGAGCGCAGGGUGUGUGCGACGAGGACGACGUCCGAGAGCUCGAUGAGGCCGUGAAAGCGGUAGAAGAGAGACUGCACCAGGCAUGGGUCAGCCAUGUCCAAGAGUGGAGCUUGGUGGGGGAGUCCGUGUAAGGCUUUAUUUUAACAGAAAAGGGGUCAUGUCAAUAUGUUGUGGCUUGUCAGAUGGUGUUAUCGUUGGAAACGUGUAGUCGAGUGUUUAUUUAACCUCGCUUGCGAAACAUUGAUGUCUUUGUUAUUUUCUUGCCUUGUUUUGUUGGGCUUUGUUCUCCGAAAAAAACGGGUUGAACCGGGUGUGUGUAGGCACGUCGCGCCCGCCUGGCGAAGUAGCCGCCAUAAAAAUAGGCUGGUACGUGUUUGGCACUAUCAGCAUAAGAUUGUAAGCCCUUACACAUACGUAUCGAGCGGACGGAAAGAGUUUUGAAGCUUUGUAGAAGAAUAAUCGCUUGUACUAGUACGAUGCUGGGGGCGGUGAUAGAAAGUUUACGUUCUCCGAACAGAGAGCGUUGUUCAUGUACCAUCUCUCGCAAUGACUAGGCGAGAAGUUGGUAUGUUGUAGUGUGCAGGAUGUUUCCACGGAACAAAGCGAUUUCGACCAACCAUAAAACUGCGUUUCUUGUAGAACGUCGAAGUCAGCGUUGAUGCCCUUAGCCUUUGGUUGUUUUGCGGGAAGCACCCCGACACCAUCAGCGGUGUAUACCAGCCUUCGGUCGCCCCGGUGGUCUAGUGGGUAGCCUCGCAGCCUGCGAAGGGCCAGGUCAUGGGUUCGAGUCCCGGCAGAGAGAGUUUUUUUCUCACUAAAUAAAUCCUGGUCUAGGAUGAAAGCGUGCGCUGCAAAGCUCGUUUGUUAGUAAACCAUAGUCGACUUCGUAAGACGCGAGGGAAGGGAUUGCUGUAUCCUUGUCGCGAUAAAAAUACCUCAGGCAUGAACCGCAGGAGGGGGUCCAACCCCCCCCUCCCAUGUGACCCCGGUUGGGCCGUCUAGCUAGUAGAAGUGGAGGAUAGGGGCCAGAGGGGCAGACGACAGAGUCCAAUGAUGGGAGAAAAACAAACAAACACAACAAACCAGCCUAUCCAUGUACCCCUACACGCCUGUGGAGUAGACAACAACAUGGUUUUUUAUCACGUGGAUGACCGGGCGUUUUGUGUGCACAUGCAUGUGCAUUUCGGGGGCUGUGCCCAUGCUUUGCAUUUCUAGACGUGGGGUGAGCAGGAAUACUGCGGGUAUUGGCCUUGGCAACAGCAGUGACAGCAGUUGCUGCGUGUACAGACGGGGGAUCGAUGCGUACACGUCAACUGCGUUUAUCCUGGGCGGCCGACGAAAAUCCACACGGUGGAUGUAGAUAAGGAGGCGUGUAGAAAAUGGCUCCGCCGGAUAGGUGUGUCUAUGUACUUGGUGACUGGAUACACGAUGGAAGGGCAAGAGCUCUGAAAGUAUGAGCACAAUUCUGUGAAAAAUAAGGGCUUCUUUGUUUUUAUCCAUGUGUAAGCGUGUGGAAAUCGAGGUAGAGGUAGACUAGAUGUUACUUUUGCUCUGACGGGCAUGUAUGUAAGAUCUGCAAAAUCAGGUGGACAACACACUGCGUGUGACACGCGCUUCAUGCUUCGGGGUAGUUAGCGCAUGGCGCAGCGUGUAUGUUGUUGACUUAAGUCUCGUUUUAGAUGGCGGUCUUGGGGGCAGGCGUCUUUUGUUUUUAUGGUGGAGCGAAAGCAGAGUCGAUCCUUCUACACCUCCGUUGUUUCCAUUAUCGUUCUGCGCGAUCGGUUUCUGUGUGCUAUGACAGCACGCAUCGAGAUUCUUCUACAAGCCUGUAGACAUUGUGAUUGAAGCGACGGUUUUGUCUGUACUCCGGAGUAGAACUGCAAGCGUAGGAGGCGCUAUUUUUCCCUUUCGCAGCACGUUUUGUGUACGAUAUCGCAGAUUACACCAAUGGAGGGUGUGGUGCGGUGGACUAUGUCUUCUUUGAAAGAGAUGUUGAUCGUCCCGUUGUACAGUCAGUAGUACAGACACCCACAUGGUAGAGGCUUUAAGAAGGUCAGCCAAGAAACGAGUGGAGUAUGCUGCUACUGCUGUAGAUAGCGGCGUGACGAGGUCAGCGUGCCCAGUGUUUUCUUUGACUCAGAAGUGUUCGUAAGAUCACGGACUACCCGCUCGAGACACUGCCUCAAUUGAAAGGGAGUGUGUGCAACCAAGGUUUUUGGUAAGAAAUCAUGAAUCUACCUGUAGAU